AUGGCUCCGAAUGUUGCAAAUUCUACUACUUCUAGUGUAGAUGCUGAUGUGGUUUCCGUUGUUAACCCUUCAUCUCCAUUAUACCUCCUAUCAUCUGAUUCUUCUGGCACAAUUUUUGUUACCACGCCCUUUAAUGGGACAGGUUAUGGAAGUUGGCAUCGAGGAAUGUUGUUACGGUUAUCCUGUAAAAACAAACUAGGUAUGAUCAAUGGUUCCAUUCCUAAGCCUUUUGCUACUGAUCCACAUUUUCAAGCAUGUAUUAGGUGUAAUGAUAUGGUGGUAGCACGGAUUCUAAACAGUCUAGAUAAGGAAAUUAGGAAAAUUGUGAUGUACACUGAAUCUGUGGAGAUUUUAUGGAAGGAAGUUGAAUGUAGAUUUGGUCAGGCUAGUGGUACCAAAAUUUUCCAAAUCAGGAAAGAACUUUCUUCAAUUUCCCAAGGAUCCUCGAGUGUUGCUUCCUACUUCAAAAGAAUUAAGAAAUUCUGGGAUCAAUUGUCUUUCUCCAUUACCUAUCCUGAUUGUACUUAUGGGUGUAAGGAUGGUUUUCUCAAGUUAGAAGAGGAGCAGAGAGUUCAUUAG